GGUUGGGGCGGCGAAGUGACAGCAAGAGGAGUGUGAAGCGCGGGCUAAAAGGCUACUGUGACCUAGGGACAGUGACAGCGAGGGGACUGUGACCAAGGGAUAGCUCGCGAGGGGUCUGCAGCCCUGGAGCUGGGGGGUGCGGAGGACUCGGGUGCGGGGGAGCACGAGGCAGAGGCUGCGACGGGACCAUGCCCGAGGCAGUGGCUUCAAGGGGACCGUGACCACGGGGCAAUGACUCAAGGAGACUGAUCAAUGGAUGGGACUUUAAAAGAAUAUGGAUGCACAGAGUUCAGCCAGAGUCAACGCAAGGAAGAGGAGGAAAGAGGCCUUAGGACCGAAUGGGGCAACAGAAGAAGACGGGAUUCCUUCCAAAGUGCAGCGCUGUGCAGUGGGCUUACGGGAGCCAGCUCCUUUUUCUGAUGAAAUCGAGGUUGAUUUUAGUAAACCUUAUGUCAGGGUAACUCUGGAAGAAGCCAGCAGGGGAACUCCUUAUGAGCGACCUGUGCGAGUUUAUGCAGAUGGAAUAUUUGACUUGUUUCACUCUGGUCAUGCCCGGGCUCUGAUGCAAGCAAAGAACCUCUUCCCCAACACAUACCUCAUUGUGGGAGUCUGCAGUGACGAGCUGACGCACAACUUCAAAGGCUUCACGGUGAUGAACGAGAAUGAGCGCUAUGACGCGGUACAGCAUUGCCGCUACGUAGAUGAGGUGGUGAGGAAUGCGCCCUGGACACUGACACCUGAGUUCCUGGCUGAACACCGGAUUGAUUUCGUAGCCCAUGAUGACAUCCCUUACUCUUCUGCUGGGAGCGACGAUGUCUAUAAGCACAUCAAAGAGGCAGGCAUGUUCGCGCCAACACAGAGGACAGAGGGCAUCUCCACGUCAGACAUCAUCACCCGGAUCGUCCGGGACUACGAUGUAUAUGCCAGACGCAACCUGCAGCGGGGCUACACAGCCAAGGAGCUCAAUGUCAGCUUCAUCAAUGAGAAGAAAUAUCACCUACAGGAGCGGGUUGACAAAGUAAAGAAGAAAGUAAAAGAUGUGGAGGAAAGAUCCAAAGAAUUUGUUCAGAAGGUGGAAGAAAAAAGCAUUGACCUCAUCCAGAAAUGGGAGGAGAAGUCCCGAGAAUUCAUUGGCAAUUUCCUGGAAAUGUUCGGUCCAGAAGGAGCACUGAAACACAUGCUGAAAGAGGGAAAAGGCCGGAUGCUGCAGGCCAUCAGCCCCAAGCAGAGCCCCAGCAGCAGCCCAACCCGGGAGCGCUCCCCCUCCCCCUCCUUCCGCUGGCCCUUCUCCGGCAAGACGUCCCCCCCCUCCUCCCCAGCUGGUGUCUCUAGGCGCAAGGCAGUGGCCUACGACAUCAGUGAGGAUGAAGAGGACUAACUUGUACCCCUUUCCUCUCCCUACCUCUAUCCUGUCAUCUUCAGAAGCUCUCUGUCGAUUCUGCAUUGUGAUCCUAACACUAAGCCUAAGAACAGCUACAAAGGAAAGAAUUUGGGGGCCAAAGGACCUAGGAAUGGGGGACAAGCAGCCUACCCUUAAGAGACAUCUGUCACUACACCCAGGAGUCCGGCUGCAUCUUAGAAGUCUGUCUGCACCCACCUACCCUGCCUCAAGGACUUUGCUUUACUGGUUCUGUUCAUGUGAUCUUGACAGAAAAUGUCAUUUUUAUUAUUUUUUAAAAAAUAGUCUUUGAAAUAUAGUAAGUAGGACUAACUUUCUGCCCUGAGGUGUGGGCAGAAGGAGGAGGCCGUGUAAUACUCAGCAGCCUUGUCUUCCUCCUAUGCUGGCGAGUCUGCCUCUGUCCUGAAGCCGGAGCUGUGCUGACAGCCAUUGUGGAGAAAGGGUGUAAUCUCAGUGUCCUUAAAAACUGCCCAGAGUGACCUGCACCAGUCCCCUAGCCAUGCACUGUUGGCAUGGCUGUGGGAAGAGGAUCUGAGCCUGACUUUUCUUACUCCCUGAGGAGUUUCUUGUUGACCCAGUGGGGUCUGUGAAGAUGCUGACGGGGACGGAACCAGACUGCACGGCGUCAGCUGCAGUUUCUCUUCAGUGUUCGUCUUCUCAGAACAUUCUGUUGCCCAGUUAUGUGGGAGCUCUUGUCAGCCUCUCUCUCGCAGCCUGCCCUUAAAGGAAGGGACACUGAGGGUUAUGGUGACUGGAGAGGGGCGUGGGACAGAAUCAAUCCUGCACAAAUUCUGCUUAGACUCACCUGCUGCUGGGAUCCUGCUCUGGGCCUGCGACUGUCCAUUGCUGUUAGCUUCUGACAGUGGCCACAGCUCAGACUUGGUCCCUUUAUCCCUGUUGCUCAUCGACACUGAGUGCAGAGUGCAGGCUGGCACGGGACGUGGAAGCCAACACAUAAAGAACCACAGCCUUAUCCUGCCCUCUGCAUUCUGAGCUGGGUUCUGGCUGGGAAGCAGGCGAGCAUUUCCUUACCGCAGGAGCUGCACAGCAGGGACUUCUUUAGUUCCCCUGAAGCAUGCUGUGCUUCUCCCUCUCCACCCUGUGCCUGGCACCACGGUCCCCUCCCUGCUUAGGCUGCUGUCAGCAUUUGAAUUUCAAAUCAGGGAAUGCCGAUGCUUGUCGCUGUUGAGCACACUGAUUCCGGGUCCCUCGGCAUUCUGUCGCUUCAGCCAUGUGAGCACCCAAAAUCUUGUCUCUGGAUUGGGGGACGUGUUUGUGUACGAGGCCCCUGCCAUUCAUAAAUAGCCCCUGUGGAGUAAUUGUGUUUUUAGAAAGAAAAACCACAUUUUCUCUUUCACAGCCCCUGAGCCAGGACUCUGAGGAUCUCAGGCCCCACCCUGAUGCUUCGUGGCCAAGGCGGCUCUUCUGCUUUUGCAGCGUGACUACCUAGGCUUAAGUCAGAGAGCCAGGCAGGUGGCAGCUGGCCACGCGGAAGGACACAGGAUAGAACUACACUUCUAGCUCCUUUCCUGAAGCACCCUUCCUACUGUCCAGUGUAGUUGCACCAGCCUCAGCCUGGUGUCCUGUCUUUGGAACAGCAGAAGUCGUCUCCCACAUGUACAGCUUUUCAUUUUAUUUUAUUUUUUGAGACAGGGUAUUACUAUGCAGUUCAGGCUGCCCUUGAGUUCACU